UGCAUCAAAAUGGCGGACGAAGAAGAACUGUUCGUAAAUGGAAAGCCUCUUUCAUCACUUAGGGUGGUAGAUCUUAAGAAAGAAUGUGAUAAAAGAGGACUGUCAAAGAGUGGAAGCAAGAGUCAUCUCGUUGAAAGGCUAAAAACGCAACUUCUUUUUGAGAACCCAGACAAUGAAACAUCUGGGACAGGAGCAGGUCCAAACAAAAUGCUGGAAAAAGAGGACUGUCAAAAUGAGUUCAUCAAACAGUACCUGGCCCAGCAGAAGCAGCUUAUAGAGAAUGCAGAGAGCUCUUUAAAUAGCUCCAGUCAAGAAAGUGAUAGUGAAGAGUCACCAAAGAAACGGAAGGCGGACUCCCCGCAGAUCCAAUCCCCACCACUUGAGGUGUCGCCCGAAAAACCAGUGCCUGUCGCGAUAAACAAACCGGCCGAUGAUGCCCCUACAGAGAUCAGUGAAGCAACAUCAAAGACCCUGCAAGGUGGUAGUCCUGUGCAGGAUAAGUCACCAGAAGAUCCUGCCAGUAAUGGUGUAAAGGACACUCCACAGGCUGUUAUCGAGGGAGAAAUAUCGACUGAACAAAGUCCUGCCAUGGGUCGUGGACGACGGAAAUUGACAAGACUUGAACCAGCCGCUGAAAGUGAGGAGAAGGAAGCCGCUGAAGCAGACAGGCCCCAUGAGAGGCGAAGUAGCAGAAGGUCAAGAAGUUCACACUCAGAGCAUGAUGAGCCCGCAGCAGGCGCUGAACCACCUCUAGAAAUAAGUCAACCACAGUCUGAAGCUGUAAAACUUACUGAGAAACCUAAAGAAGAGCCAGAAAAAGCUACUGAACCAGUAGUUGAAGAAACCAAAGGUAAUUCACAGAAAGAAGUGGAGAAAGAAGAGCCUGUUGCAGCUGCAAAUUCUGCUGAUUUAGAAAAAGAUACGAAAACAAAGGGAAAAGAUGGAGCAAAGAAAGAAACUGUAAAAGAAAUGGGUACUGAAAAGGAAGAAGCAACAUCAGAAACUGCAAAAUCUGUUGAGCAGGAAAAAGAUGUGAGGGGGAGUGGAAAAGGGAGAAAGGAGAGUGACACUGAAGUUGAAAAGACAGAAACUGUUAAAGAGAUGGAUCAAGGGAAAGAUGAAGAGCCUAUGGAAACUGCUAAACCUGUUGAGCAGGAAAUAGACCAUAGUGAUAAGAUGAAGGGGAAAGAUGGAACAGAGACCGAAGAGAUGAAGAAAGAAGAUAAAGAUGAUAAGAAGAAAGAAGAAACUGGAAAAGAGGAAAGUAAAGCAGAUGAGGCAGAAACUAUCGCAAAGAAGACGGAACCAGUUGCUAUGGAAACAGAGCCAGUUGCUAUAGAAACAGAACCAGAAACAAAGACACAAGAGUUAGUACAGGAAAAGUCUGACACAAGGAUAAGGGCACAAAAGCCAGGAAGAUCAAGGCGUUCAAGGUCAAGUUCAUCUUCCAGUUCAUCGUCAGAGUCAGGAGGUCGUGGGAGGUCAUCAUCAUCUUCAAGCUCAUCAAGGUCACCAGAUGAGAGGAAAUCAAAGAUUUCGUCAUCACAGAGCAGACAGAAGCCUGGUCAACAGAGAAAGUCCAGUAGUUCAAAAUCUCGAAGCCGAUCUCGGUCCCCAGAGCCUAAACGCCUUAGAAAACAAGCAGAUGAUGAGGUUCAGAAAUCAAAAGAGCCAACCACAACCAAGGAGGUCAAGGUAACAGGUCAGAGGUCAAGGUCUGCCAGCCCUGAGGAGAAAAUGGACACUGUCCCCACGGCUGACGAAAAGGCAGAAAAAAAAGUAGAGGAAAAGUCGACCCCAGGAGAAAGUGCAGAUGCUGAAAUGAAAGAAACCAAGGAAUCUACCGACUCCAAAGUUCAACCUGAAGCAAAGGAAAUCAAGGUCACAAAGAAAAUAUCUCUUAAUCGGCGACCCCUGGAUGAUGAAGGCGGCGAAGAGAAGCCCGAAGCGGUGGAGGAGAAGCCUGCUGUGAAGAAGAGGAAAUGGGGCUCCCGGUCUGCGACAUCCCUCUCCCAACCCAAACCCAGGAAGGCCACCAGUAUAUCCAUAUCUACAGAUAGUCUCAAGGAGCUGAUUCCAGAGAUAAAGCAGGCUACUUUGAAACUUGCUCCAGAGCCAAUUAUGGAUGAUGAGAUGGAUUAUGAGGAUGACACUACUGCGGAGCAAGCCGUAGUGGAUCCACCAUCCAUGGAGCAGCCAGACUCCACGGAGCUAGAGGAGAAGCAAAAAAAGCAGGAUACCAGAGCAGUGAUAAUACAGAGAACCAUAACACAGGAUGUGACCAAAUCAACCAAGGCAAAAAAGGAUGAAUCUGGAAGUGAGGAAAGCGGGCAGGAAAGUGAAGAUGAUGAUGAUGAGGAGGAGGGAGAUGUUGAGAAGAAAGAAGGGGAAGAAGAGCCUGAAGAGAAAGGUGGAUCCAGUGAGGAAGAGAUGGUUGAGGAAUGUGAUGAGGAGCCCAAGAGAGAGGUGAAACCCCGCCCUGAAGCCAAGGAAGAGGGGGAUGAGGCUAAGAGCGAACAAAAGGUUAAAGUCGCACAGGCAGCUAAGCCCGUUAAAAAAACCAAGAAGGAAAAAAGGGAUAGAAAUAAGGAAAUAAAGGUCAUACGUCGCCUUGAGUCUGGUGGUUUGGCGUUAAUAAAAGCUGACGAACCUGAAAGAGUGGGUCGUUCCCCGUCACCAGCUAGAAAUCCUGUUAGCCGGAUUGUUCAUGUUCGAAACCUCGUGCGACCAUUUACGUUAAAUCAGCUUAAAGAACUGCUUGGGAGAACAGGGACAUUUGGCCCUUCAGAUUUCUGGAUUGAUAAGAUUAAGUCGCAUUGUUUUGUUACGUAUGAAACUGAUGACGAAGCUGCAGCUACAAGACAGGCCCUCCACAACACUAAGUGGCCACAGUCCAACCCCAAAACCCUGCUUGUGGACUUUGCAUCACAGGAACAGCUGAACUACUACCUCGGUGGUAUGAAGCCAAUCCCACCUGCUGAGAAAAAGCCAGCGGCAAAACCUGAUGUGCGACGGGAAAGUGCACGGGAGCGAGAACGAGCAGAACGGGAGACAGAGAGGCAGCGUGAAAGGGAGAAACGAUUGAAGGAAAGAGAAGAAAGAGAAAAGGCUCGGAAGCCGGUGAGGGAAUGGGACCGUGACAAAAAGACCCGGGAGGACUGGGACCCCGCCCUCCAGAAAUCUAGGUCAAGGUCACCUAGAGGUCAAAGGUCACCCAGGGGUAGGAGGUCGGCGUCCCCGCUGGAACGUAGGACCAGUGAACGAUCUCGGGAGAGGUUAGAUCGCCGGGAUCAGGAUAAGAAAGAAGUGAAGAAGGAGGAGGAACCCCCUGCCCGACUAUUAGAUGAUCUCUUCAAGAAAACUAAAGCCACACCAUGUAUAUACUGGCUACCACUCACAGAACCACAGAUUCAGGCACGGGAAAAGGCGGGUUACAUCCGACCAAAGUUACGUCAACGGUCAGUGAACGGUGACAAGCACAGUCCAAUACGGGAACUUACAGAAGAGCAGAGGCAGGCGGAACAGAGGAAACCAGCUGUCAAGGACACUCGUUUACAGGAGAGAGUAGAGAAAAGACCAUCUCUGCCACCAAGACGGCGUCAAGAGUCAAGCCCAGACGACAGAAGAAGACGACGAUGAGUUAUUGGGUCACUUGGGAAAAUGACUACUCGUGGAAAAUAGUGCAGCUGACAAUAUUGUUUUUAUGGAGUUUUAUAUAUCUGAUCAUUAUUAGAAGGAAAAUGUUCUUAUUAUUAGAAGUUAGAAGGAAGGCAACUUUUUUAUAUAAGAAGGAAAAUCUGGUCAGGAUAACAGUUUUUGUUUGAUUGGAAUUUGAAAUUAAAGUUCAUAAUCAGAAAGAAAUCAAGAUGAAAAAAAAAUAUGAACAUGCAGACCUUUUUCUAGAAUUUCUUAUGUAAAUUUAGGAAAAUAACAGCUAAAAUCCUGGAAUAAGAAUGUAUUUUAAAAUUUUGAAUUCUGCAUAAUUUAGAAGAAUUCUCAUUUGACUAAUCAGUUGCAUUAGUAAAAGGUCUUAGAUAUAAGACUUGUACCUUGAAUUUCAUGUUUAAUACUAAUGAUACUGUUUUAAUUUUACUGUGCCUUGAGAGAUCAUGUCAUGUAAUUAAAAUACUUUUAUUAAGGUUCUGCAUAUUGUAAACACAGGGAUUUAUGGUUGAGAGCUUUUAACUUCAGACUACUUUACCGAUGUAAAGAUUGCUUUUUUGCCAGGACAUUUGCAUCACAAACAGUAUGAAGUACCUUAAAAUGAAUAUGAACUACUUACACAAUUUCAAAAGGUUUACCAAGCUUUGGGCAUGAAUGCUGUAAAUACUGAAACAGAGCCCAGGUCAGUUUUCAUGAUUGACAUUAGCUGUUAGAACCCCUGUGAAAAAUACCUGUUUUGGUGUUAGUUAACAUUUCGAGAAUCAAUGAACCAAAUACGAGCAGUUCCAGAUUUUUUAAAACAUAUUUAUCAAGUCUCUCAGGCAAAAAUCUUUGCAAAAUAUAUUGCAGACUACAUCUAUCUCUAAUGUUUGUGUGUAAGUAUGCUCAGAUUGCUAUUUACAAUGUUAUGCCUUAAAUGGAACACUUACCAAACAGUUUAUAUCAAAGAUUAGGGCUCAGAUACUAAUUAACAUUUUAAAAAGUAGAAUGUACAUGUACAUCAUUGUUAAAAGCAUGAAGGUGCAAUCUAUGUAUAAUCAAAGCAAGCUGAUAACACCUUUUGGCUUCAAGUCAAUAACAUAAUAAUAGUGUCCCUCUUUUAUCUUUCUCAAACUCAGUUUUGUGGAAAUCAUGUUUUAUAUUUGUUUAUUUAAAGAGCAGGAAUAAACGUGUAUAUUGUACUUUGCAUACUCCAAUUGGAAUAAACAUAUUAAAAGUAUGAUGUUAAGUUGGAAAAUGUUUAUUGGUUUUCAUUUAAUUGACUGCAUUUCCUAGCUAUUCAAAUAGAAUAUUUGGUUUUAAGUUUUGAAUGUUUAAAGGACUGGAAUCCAAUCAUGUUUAUUUUCCAUUUCUCUAACCAUCUUACAGUUGUUCAUUUUGUGUAGUUGAAUUUGAUAAUAAAUGAUGAAUGUCUAAUUA